CGCGGUGCCGGAUGUUGUGGGGGAGGGAGGCUGGUCUGAUGGUGUUGAGGAUGACGAAGGGGAGGACAUGCUUGCGAUGAUUGUUCUACGAAAAUGCCACUGCGACUGCGGCUGCGAUUGGGAGGGAUACGACGAAUGUGCAGCGAGUGAGUCAGUGUGGUGAGGUGAGAAGGAAGGAAGCGCAGUGCAGCGCAGCUCGAGUCGAGUCGAGUCGAGUCGAGCUUCGACUUGAUCGACAAAGUCAAGAAGUCUCAAUCCAAUCCCAAUCCAUUCCCCGCCCCCGCCGUCGCCUCCGUCCCGCUCAACACUCCGUCACGCGAGUCGACCUCGACUCGACUCGACUGCCUCUCUCCUUCCGCCUUUGCCUCCUCGGCCUGGCCUAGCCGUUCCCCGCUGGCUCAACCAAAGAAAAGGCCGCAAACAUCAAGACCAAGACCAAGAUCACGGUACAUAGCUGUCAAGUAACGUGCAGAAAGAAUGGACCAGGAGCAGGAGCAGGAGCAGGAGCAGGAGCAGGAGCAGGAUCAGCUCAACGUAGUCUGGGCACGUCACGCUGCCUUGCAACCUCGCGAGGUCAAGGGAAAGGGACAGACUGGGGUCCACCACCAUCGCCACGGGCACGUCAACCUAGUCUCCAUCCGCUCCGAUCUACCCAACGGCCGUGGUCUCGCCCUCACACAGGAUGUUGCCCCCCAUGAGCUGGUCCUCACUCUACCUGCCAGCAUGCUCAUCAACACAAAGACGAUUGCGCGCGACUUUGACGUAGGGGACGUGCCCCGCCCUGGACCGGGGAAGCGGGGCAAGUUGACUGCAAUUCAGGCACUCUGCCUCUGGCUCUGUCGAUCAUCACCACGAGACGUUGAACCCGAAGAAGAGAGGGAGAGGGCUGCGUUUCUUGAGUCACUACCACGCACCUUCGUCACACACCCCGUGAUGUGGGCCCUAAAUAAAGACGAAGACGAACACUCAGGGCAGCUCCUCGCUUGCCUACCACAUGAAACGGCCCAUCGUGUCGCCGCGCAGGUUGAACAGCUCCAAGAGGAUUGGAAGGCUGUCAGCUCUUAUUGCCAGGCGGCGCCCCCCGUCGCCUCCUCCUCCUCCUCCUCCUCCUCCUCCGCCGCCGCCCCCCAUUCUCCUUUAGCUGAACGGCUGCCGUCAAAGCAGAGCUUUGUGCACGCAUGGCUGUGCAUCUCCACCCGCUCCGUCUAUUACCCGCUGGGCCUCCCCUCGAGAGGGGAUAAUCUCACUCUCGCCCCGAUACUGGAUAUGGCCAACCACACGCCACACCCUCGUCAGGCCGCCACAGUAUCCAUCGUGGGUGCCCCAACCCCCUCCUCGUCGGGCUCCUCCUCCUCCUCCGCGUCCACAUCCCUCGCCCCAAUUCCAGGAGCAGGGAGAAUAGAAGUUCGCCUGCCCCUCGGCGGGCGCAAAGGUGACGAAGUAUGCAUAACGUACGGCCCACACGACGAUUCGCGUCUUCUGGCAGAGUAUGGGUUCCACUUGGCCGCCACGCCUCCACCAACUGCUCAAAGACGAGCCUCACCUCCCUCGCUCAGACUAAAGGCGGGUGCGACUGGAGGGAACAGCUGCUUCGCUCCACCGGGUAUUGGGGGGAUUGGACACUCCACCCCUCCCCCGUAGGGCCAAGUUGGCGUACAUGGAUGGUCUGCCGUCUCCUCGCCUCUCGUCCACCCACGCAGGCCGAACGAGAGGAGGUAGAGAGGCGUUUCGACCUGCUCGUGUCUGGGCGCGUGGAGCUGAUUUCCCGCGAGAAUGAGGAGGGUGCAAGGAAGGUGCUCAGCGUGGUGUGUGGGGAAG